AACUCGAUCGGGCGCGCCCGCCUCGGGUUUCACUCUAUGGCUCCAGGAUGGAGGGCUUCCCGUCCACCUCCCCUCCACCCUACGGCGUGCUGGGUGUCCCCGCUGCGGCCCCCACCGCGGGGGGCGUCUGCUGGGCCAAGCGGGACCAGGUGCGGUUCGUGACGCCGCACGGCGUCAACUACCUGGAGCUGUGCAGGGCUAUCUUGGCCCAGGCGGCGUCGGCCAGCGGGACCCGGACCCGCGAGUGCGGCGUGCAGGUGAACGCCAAAGUGGACAAGACCGUCCAGUGCUCCCUGGGGCCCAAGACGCUGCAAGGCCCGGGGGAGGGCGACCUGCAGCCUCACCUCCAUCCCAACGAGGAGGAGGAGGAGGAGGGCGAGGCUGCAGGGAAGUCGCCGCCUCCGGUGAGCCAGUUGCGCUUCUUCACCCGGCCGGUGUCCAUCUACUCGCCGAUGCUGGAGCACCGUUUUCCGGCCAAACUGAGUGACAGAAAGUCUGAGUCACGUGACGAGCAGGUAGAGGAGGAGGAGGGUGAGCACCCGGAUGAAGACCACAAGACCCCAGUCCCUCGUCCCAAGCGGGGCUCCAAUUUACAGUUUCUGGAGCAGAGGUACGGCUUCUUCCACUGCAAGAAAUGUAACAUCCGGUGGGAGAGUGCUUACGUGUGGUGCAUUUCUGGAACCAACAAGGUGUACUACAAGCAGCUCUGCCGGAAGUGUCAGGUGGGCUUCAACCCCUACAGAGUGGAGUCCAUCAUAUGCAAGGGUUGCUCCGAGACGUGCUGCAGCUGCGAGAGGAAGCAGCGGCACAUCAACAUGACCAGGCCUCACCGCCAGGAUCUGUGCUGCCGAUGCCGGGGCAUGAAGGUCUCCUGCGACGCCACAUACAGCUUCAAGUACAUCAUUUGAUGUUGUGAGGAUGCCAUUAGUGUGGGACCUCUAUUUUUUUUGGUAAGGAAUAAACUAAGUGCAUCCCAA